AUGUCACAGCGACUAAAUGUUCAACCGAUAAGCCAUAGUGAGUACUAUGUACGAGAUGGUGAUCAAGAUGGACAGGUUGAUCUGCAAAACAAGACCUGUUCAUGCCGUGUGUUUGAUCUUGACCAACUUCCUUGUGUACACGCAUUGGCUGCAUGUCGAGUUCGGAACAUAUCUUUUAAUUCCUUGUGUUCUCCGUACUAUACGAAUGAGGCCCUAAUGUUAGCUUACGCUGAAGCUAUAUACCCAGUAACUAUUGAGGAUCAACGCAAAGUUAGCGAGAACAACGUAUUGCUCCCACCGGCGACUAGACGUCAAGGGGGGAGGUCAAGACAACGAAGGAUCCCAUCAUCUGGUGAAACUAUAGCAGUGAGGAUAUGUUCCCGGUGUCGACAACGAGGUCAUAAUCGUCAAACAUGCAAAGAGCCAAUCGCAUUGACUCCAACAUCAUAG